CAACAGAGCAGCAUGAAAAUCACCACAUCUAGUGAAAUUUCAAAUUUUAUUGCUAUCUAAAGGCCUUUUCACACUUUUAUUGUUAACCGAAUAACCAAUAAACCACUUUUUUUUCCUUUAUUCAGUGAUUAUAGUUAUUUAAAGCAUGAUUAAAUUGCAUUAUAGCCAAGGGAGUGUCUUAAUAUAUGACGCAGAUGAUUGGGCAAAACUUCGAAAAACACAUCGAAUUCUAGGUACUCUCAUUGGAAAUACAAACACAGUGCAAACACUACCUUUAAAACUCCUACCUGAGGAAGUUUUACUCUUGUUAGAUAAAAAAUUAGCUAAAUUAGUCGACUGCCAGUUUAAUAUAACAUCGGAAAUGAGGGAAAAGUUUGAGAAAUUCGAAAAUGACUUGUUGGAAGAAGAAAAAAUUAAGUAUAAGAACAAUAGGAAAAGACAGUUGGAAAGCAUGAUGGGUGAUAUUGUCGCAGCUAAAAGAAAACGUGGUGAUUCGAGACCACCAGAGGAAAUCUUCAUUGAAGAACUUGAAAAAUCUUGUAAAAUCACUCGAGAUAUUAUGAUUUGGCCAACAUUUCUCACACCUCUGAGUAUGGAAAAUGAGACUGAAGUUUCAAGGGACGAAAUUUGCAAAAGCACAAAUGAGUUAAAAUACAACGUUUUUAGAGAUUUGUGGGAACAGGGAUAUUACAUCACGACAGGUGUCAAAUUUGGUGCAGAUUUUCUAGUUUAUUUGGGAGACCCAAUCGCGUAUCAUGCUAUUUUUAUAGUCCACUGUGUUGGCAACCCUGACGAAGUAUUACACUCGAGCGAAAUUGUGGCUUUUGGACGGUUGGCAACAGCUGUCAAAAAACGAGCAGUUUUGGCAACCUCCAAAAACGAAAAAAUUUCUUACAUAACAAUAAACUGGAUAGAUGCCUAGGACUUUAUUUUUUACUACAAUUGAUCAAUUAGUUUGAAAUUUUGAUGUUGUUUGUCUGGCAAAAUGUUAAAAUAUUUCUUAAAAAACUCCUUUUCUUGUCUGAAGCCGUGACACCUCUGGACCCAAGUAUGAGUCCAAUUGAGGUCAACUUUCUCACAUGUGACCAAAACGCGACCUGGCACCAUGGCAAACAAAGUCCCAUUACGACCAAAACCAACCUAAAAAUUGUAUAAUUAAAUAAAAUUAAAAAAAAUUGUUAAUACAUUUAAUCCGGGAUGAAAACGUAAGUGUCUUUGAGUGGCCAAAAUGGAACCUGCUUCAACCCUAUGGCCGUCUUGGACUUUCCAUCCACGAUGUUUGGGGCGCACUUUGGUGUGUGUGUUUUGCGUACUGCCCCCAGUUUUCUUACUCGCAGCCCUAAUGGAAACUAAAAUGGGGCUACUUUAGAAAUACUGAUUUUGUAAAACUCACCCCCAAAAAUGUUUUUUGUGUGCUGGAGAAUUUGUUUCAAGUUCACACAAACUAAAGUCAUCCUGUUAUUAAGAUUUUUCGCGAAAUUGAAAAUAAAAAGUGAGGUU